AUGGAUGGCAAGGGAAGACACAUUCCUCCAGCAAUGGUAUGGUGUGAGAGGGGCAUACAGGUGCUUCUCACCACCGUGGGGGCUUUUGCUGCAUUUGCCCUGAUGACAGUGGCCAUCGGCACAGACUAUUGGCUGUACGCACGUGCCUUUAUCUGCAACAGCACUGCCAAUUCCACUCAGGAUGACCCUCACAGCAAGGACAAGAAAGACCCUGGAGCCCUCACUCACUCUGGCCUCUGGAGGAUUUGCUGCCUUGAAGGGUCAAAAAGAGGCAUGUGCUCCCAGAUCAACCAUUUCCCAGAGGAUGCUGAUUAUGACCAGGAUGCUGCAGAAUACCUCUUACGUGUCGUCAGGGCCUCCAGUAUAUUCCCCAUUCUCAGUGCUAUACUGUUGCUGCUCGGUGGGGUAUGUGUUGCAUCCAGUCGGUUCUACAAGAGAAAGAGACACAUUAUCCUGGGAGCAGGCAUUUUGUUUGUGGUAGCAGGUCUGAGUAACAUCAUUGGUGUGAUUGUGUACAUCUCAGCGGCACUGAGCGACAUCUCACCAAAGAAGGAUGAAGACAAGAAGUGGCACUACUCUUAUGGCUGGUCUUUUUACUUUGGUGGCCUGUCAUUCAUCCUAGCUGAGGUGGUGGGUGUGCUAGCCGUAAACAUAUAUAUCGAACGCAACAAGGAGUUGCGUUGCCGCUCACGUGCUGAUCUCUUCCACAGCACUACAUCAGCUGUGCUGCGGCUACCCUCUUACCGCUUCCGUAGGGGCCGCCGUUCCUCACGCUCCAGUUCACGCUCUACAGCUGAGCCACCACGUUCAUGCGACCCCUCACCUCCUGGCCUUGGUGUCAAAAACUUCAGCCCACCACUGGCCACUGGCCCACCACCAUUCUCAGUGGCUACUUUGCCAAACCCACACACACAUUCAGGAGGAGGAGGAAUUGGGGACAUUUCCAUGUACACACUGGGCAGGGAAGGCAAGCCACCCAUGUACGGAACAAUUGACCGUGCCUCUCUCUACCAGCUUCACAACUACUUCCCAACAAAGGAAGGAGGGGCAGGGACACUCAUGACUGGGACAUUGCCAUCACUUUCCAAAUCAAACCUGGCUUCAUCGGCGAAUGCCUCAUCUUCCUCUGGCCCUGGGGUACAGCCGUCCCCACUCACAGCUGGAAAUACAGCGACUAUGGAGCGGGAUAGGGGGCUUGGCACACUCGAUCGGCUGGGGAAAGGUGAUAGCAGCAACACUAAUACUCUCAACAGGAGAACAACCCCUGUGUAA